ACUUUAUUGCGUAUUUUUCGGCAGGCUCUACAACUUUUCAAAUACGACUUAUGCCCUAAAACGAAUAUUUACAAUUAUUCAAUACCACAUUUUGCUAUUUAGCUGACCACAUGCGCUAAAAAUAUAGUUUGAGUAACUCAAGGCGGCGACGAACAGUAUACGGCGUUGGUCUCAUGUGUAUCCUUCUAUUAUUAAAGUUGGGUGCUAUUGUCAGGUAAAACACGGUAUAUGGCUUUAGCAUAUUUAAAUACAUCGACAGGCGUCCAGCAGGUACAGGCGACUUUCGCUGUGCACAUCAGGCUCUCGCAUUCUUGGUUUAGCCAAAGGCUUUGACACCUGAAACUGCUAUUUCACUACUACUAUUAAUGCAGACUUGCAGCGACGUGGUGAAAUGUUACCGCGCUCCAACCGUCAGUAUUGUAAACGGAUGUAUUGUGCAGUUUAUGAAGUCCCUCCUCUGUUCGCCGUCUAAGUACGCAAGAUCUGAUCAGAAAAUUUUCAGCUGAACGAGUCACCGUCCCGUAGUGCGAGAGGCCUAUAUCCCGGGAGGUGUAUUUUUAGCGGUGCAACGAUGACAGCCCGGCAAGACCGAGGACCGAUUUGACCAUACCUCAUUGAACUUAGAUCACGCAUGAUUUCUUUCGCCGUGUAUCUGCAUGGCUUCUAAAUAGUGAGCCUUGAAAUAAAGAUCACCUCAAUCACGCAAAAAGACCUUGCCGUAGAAAGGCGUUGCGGUGGUCUUCUCAACUUGUACGGAUAGUUUGCCCUUCGAACCUGCUUUGCUCGGUUACUAUUAGCAGUGACCUCUUGCCAGCGUCUCUACAGGACAAGUACACAACACUCUGUUGCAUAACAUUGUCUUUUCCAGCAACAUCUGACACAUUUCAUCAUAUAAGGAUGCACUAUACAUAUCUUCUUCUUUUCCGUUGCAACAUCUAUCGGCCAAUGUCUGCGAACAUGAAUGAAUGUCCAGGCGCUUGACGGCUGUUGCACUGCAGAAGAGAUAACCAACUCAUUUUGUCGCAACCAUAUCUUAGUUCUGUUUUCCUUCAAUGAAUGUUGAGCGAAGGAAAUCGUCCAUUGAGAAAAAAGAAAAAGAAAAAAAUAUACAGGGCGAGAACCUGUUUCAUGGUCUCCCGCAAAGAAAGGGCGCGUGACCUGUUCGAAAACUUUGUUGCCGUCGUAUUCAAAAAUAUCGCUUAGCGCGCGAUGUGCACUUCGUCGUCUUCCUCGACCAGUAGCCGAGCGGCACCGGCCACGCGGAGCGUGCCAGCACAGUGCGAGCCACCGCGUGCCACGCGCGAGGGCGAGGUUCGUUGCCCGGGCCAUCAGAUCUCGCCCGUCUAGCCGAGCGGUGACACGUCAGCUACUCUCACUCCUCGGACCAUGGCCCUGCGCCUAGUGCUGACUGGCCUGACCCUGGCCCUGGUGGUUCGGGCCGACUUUCACGAGGACCACUUUCGGCUCGGGGACGCCGGCAGCCUACGGCCCGCGGCCCCUUACGAUGCGGACCGUCAGAGGGCCCUGCUCGAGGGCCCGUUCCACCGGGCGCCCGUGCAGCAGCUAAGCCUCGCCAGUCCUACCAACGGAUCCGGAGCCGCGUUCGAUGUUGGCAAGGCCCCCGCCCAGCAGAACCCUGCCGCAGUACCCAACGCCCCGGCGGCCGCGGGAGUUCCCGCCGCGAACGGCUCCGCUGUUGCGGGUGCAGCUUCGGCUCACAAGUCUUUUUUUGAACGCAGCCCCGUGAACCCGGUCUUUGGCCUGGAGCAGCAACCCGACUCGGACGAGGCUUCGAAGCAGCUGCUGGAGCAGGACAUUGGCAAGCUGCAGCGCCGUAAGUUCCGCAUGCGCCGCCACAAGGGAUUCAAGGCCGGAGCACGUAAGGUCCGCAAACUUGUAGAGGAAGAGAUGGGCCCCGCCGGAGUGGCACAGGAGGCUUACGCCCAGCAGAGGCCCGAUCAGGCUGCUUCCGCGAGCAGGCUCGAAGCCCUGGCUGGUCUUAAGGUCGAGUACGCGCGGGCUUACAUCGCGGCCGAGGAGCCCGAGGCCGACUCUGGUCCCAUGGAGCUGCUCUGCACGGUCGGCUACAAGGACUACGCCAGCAUCACCUGGACCGUCAACGGCCGUCCCCUGGAGAACUUCAUCGACCGCUCCACCCUAAGUACCGUGAAGAACGACGUUCCCGUUAAGGUCUCCAAGAUCACCAUCACCCAGCUGGAGAGGCUUCCCUCGGACAACGGCAAGUUCGUCUUUGAAUGCACGGCUCUAGUCGACGCGCAGGUCACCAAGGCCACCAUCGCACUGGGUUCCAUCAUCGAGGACACCUGCACGAGCAACGCCCAGUGCGAGCCUCGCGGGGCCUCGUGCAGCGAGGGCCGCUGCCUCUGCAAGCCUUCCCAGCCCGUGAGCCUCAAGUCGAAGCACCUGACCUGCCGCGCCGCCGCUGGCCUCGGCUGGCCCUGCGACUACUCCGAGCAGUGCAUCUUCGCCCAGCCGAACGCCGUCUGCACGGAUCGCCUGGUCUGCGACUGCGCCCUCGGGUUUGUCCGGUCCCUGGACGGCAAGACCUGCGACAAACUGCAUGCUACCGCCGGAAACCUGAUCGGACAGCCCUGCAAGGCCAACAGCGAAUGCCACGCUGCCGGGGCCGCUUGCCUCAAGGAUGUCUGCGCGUGCGCCAACAACAGUGUCGAGCGCGGCGGCAUGUGCCUGCCGGAGGAGCACCUCAAGAUGCAGGCCGGAGCCCAGGGACCCAACUUCCUCGCCGCGGACGACGGCAUCAAGACAGUCCACAACGACACCCGCAUCACUGUGGCCGCGGCCAUGUUCAACGAGGCCGGGGACAAGAAAGAAUCCACUCUGGCACCCGCGCUGGGCGCACCGGUCCGAAGCUCGGCGGGAGGCCUUGCCUCGCCCGCUAUCCUUGCCGCGGCUCUCUCCCUGGCCGCUCUCCUCGUCCGCCGCCGAUGAGUCGGCCUCCGCUUUAGGGCAGCCAAUAAAAGAAAACGCUGCACUUCAA